AGAGCCUACACAUUGAUCUUGGAGCUUUGGGACAAGGAUAAGCACGGACCAGAUGACCUCAUCGAGCGGACAGUCCACACGGGGAUGAUCCUGCCCGGACAAGAUUGGCACACCAUCAGCCACUCAGGCAUCACAGCCAGCACCACAUUCCGCCUGCGAGUGAGGUGCGACGAGCACUACUACAACACCACGUGUACUAAGCUGUGCAGACCCAGGGACGACAGUUUCGGCCACUUCACUUGUGACUCGCAGGGAGAUAAGAUGUGCCUGCAUGGCUGGAUGGGGCGAGAGUGCGAUGUGGCCAUAUGUCGACAAGGCUGUCACGCAAUCUAUGGAGGAUGCAACAAGCCAGGAGAAUGCAAGUAUGAAUUAUGCAAAUUCCACACGACCUGGGGUUGUCUUAAAUAUUUAAAUUACUGCGGGAGACAUCAACCGUGCAAAAACAAAGGACUGUGUCGGAACACAGCUCCAGACAGCUACGACUGCUCCUGCUCCAUGGGGUUCUCUGGCAAAAACUGCGAGAUAGCCGAACACCCUUGUUUCUCGCAUCCAUGUCGUAAUGGAGGGUCAUGUGCAGACGUGGUCAACGGUUUCGUCUGCAACUGUCCGUCUGGCUGGACCGGUCACACUUGUGACACUGACAUCGAUGAGUGCACGUCCAGUCCGUGUUUAAAUGGAGGAAAAUGCACUGACCAAGAUAACGGGUAUCGGUGUGAGUGUCCAGAGGAGUGGCAGGGUCCUCACUGUCAGCUGGACGCCGAUGAGUGCCACGGAAGUCCUUGUGUCAACGCAUUGGCCUGCCGUAAUAUUCGAGGCAGUUUCAUCUGCGACUGUCAGCCUGGCUGGACCGGAAAGAGGUGUGAUGUCAAUAUCGACGACUGUCAAGGUGUGGUAUGUGCGAAUGAUGCUGUCUGCGUUGACCUUGUCGGGGACUUCUACUGCGCCUGCUUGCCUGGAUAUAGAGGGCGGUUUUGUCUGGUGGAGAUAGACGAGUGUGCCAGCCAACCUUGCCAGAAUGGAGCUGUGUGUCACGACAAGGUGGCCUCCUUCCAGUGCGAGUGUCCUAUUGGAUAUACCGGGCUCUACUGCCAGACAGAUGCAGAUCCGUGCAGCCCAAACCCGUGCAAACACGAAUCCGCCUGCUUUAACAUUCAAGGCGACUUCUAUUGUCACUGCAAUGAGGGUUGGGAGGGGAAAGAUUGCUCACAGCCAAGACACCAUUGUGACUGGAACUCUUGUGAAGUGAUUGACAGCUGCACAGUGUCCAUACCUUCAAAUCUGUCCACCGGCGGAUUUCGCCUGAUAUCCUCUGGUGUGUGCGGAAAACAAGGAAUGUGUCUUAGCCAGCCCAACGGGGCAUUCUCCUGUGCUUGCGUGCCAGGAUACAUGGGAACCUACUGCCAUCAGAAUAUCGAUGACUGUGCCAGCGAUCCAUGCCAGAACUCUGGCACGUGUGUUGAUGGAGUGAAUUCCUUCCAGUGCAUCUGUCCCGAGAGUUGGGAAGGGCCCUUAUGUAACUUGAAUAAAAACGACUGUGAAAUUAACCCAUGUCGAAAUGGAGGAGAGUGCCUAGACUUGACUUCAGAGUUUCAGUGCAAGUGUGUUGAUGGAUGGAAAGGGAAAACCUGUUCAUUAAAAAACAGUCACUGUGAAGCGAUGACAUGUUUGAAUGGAGGCUCGUGUGUUGACCUGGGAGAUACGUUUUCUUGUAGGUGUUCAGAAGGCUGGAAAGGAACAUUUUGCCAGAUUCCUACACACAGAGCAUGUGACUCAGCACCCUGUCAGAACCGAGGCACCUGUGUCAACAGUGGGGACAGCUACACUUGUAUCUGUGGCGAUGGCUUUGAAGGUCCUGUCUGCAGCAUUAAUAUUAACAACUGCAAUCCAUUUCCAUGCUACAACGGCGGUACUUGUAUGGAUGGAGACAACUGGUACAUCUGUGACUGCGCCCAGGGAUUUUCGGGACCAGACUGCAGAAUUAAUAUCAAUGAGUGCACCUCAAAUCCGUGUACAUAUGGCAGCACAUGCAUUGAUGGCAUUGCAUCCUUCCGAUGUAUUUGUCCUCCGGGAAGAACCGGCUCCCUUUGUGAAUCAGUAAUUGGCCAGUUACCGUCUCCGAAAUCAUGUGAACAUGGCCGGCGAAUAUUCUCCGAUGGUACCACUUGGGAACAUGAUUGCAAUGCAUGUAGGUGUGACAAUGGCCAGGUCAAAUGCACAAAGAUGUGGUGUGGCCCUAAGAACUGUCUCAGCCACCCAAACGUGUCUACCCCAGUGUUCCCCUGCCGGCCGGACCAAAGCUGUGUAGUGCAGACACAGGUGACCUGCCUGACGCCGCCAUGUUUGCCCUUUGGGGAGUGUAGGGAUCUUGAGGCUGUCAAGGACAUACCCAAUCCAGGAUCUGAGUGGAGCUGCAUUCCGAACCAUGCUCAUCUGGGCAGCAACUGCGCCAAAAUCAUUCUCAUCUUUGAUAAAUCAAAAAUGCCUCUGGGCAUAUCUGUGGAAAGCAUCUGCAACAGUCUGAGGCAGCUUCCACAGCUGAAGGGAAUGGUCAAUGAGGACACUCUGUAUGUGAUGUGUGCCAUACAGCCGCAUGACCCAGGCACAGUGGAGAUCACACUGUCAGCCAGGCUGGAUGGUGACAGUGACAAAGCUAAAAACACAGUAACCCAGGCACUGGAUAAAAUGGCUGCAGUUCUCUCACACAAACAGGCAAACAGCAGUGCCCUGGCAGCCGUCACAGAAAUCAGACUGGAGACAGCUAUCAGUGAGGAAGAGGAUAGUGAGCCUGCUUUUCUAGUCCCCGUAUUAUGCUCAGUAAUCGCAGCGUUAGGAGCGGCAUGUGUUGCUAUUUUAGUCAUAUGGCAUCGUCGUGUGCAAAGAAGAAGGAGGAACUUGCGAGAUGAAUAUCUAACCAGCACUCAAACGGCAGCAAAUAACGAAAUCCAAGACAAUAUCCGACGUUACCGCAACCCUUUGUUCUCAUCCAGUGACAAGAAAGGAAUUCCUAAAGCAGUUCCAACAGAGGAACUUAACGAAAUUGACGUGGACAAAUAUGACAAAAAUCCUCGGCGUCAGAUGACCCAAGCUGACUCUUCCCCUGAUCUCAAUGACAUUCAGGAAUAUCGAUCUCAACCGAAAAAGAACAACAAAAAAGAUAUUAAUAUUCAGUUAUCCAGGUCACUUCUUGACGAGCCUGAAGUGAUUGUUUAA